GGGAGCUUGUGGAGGACACUGCACCGGUUGCUUAUAGACAAAGAGCUGAGAUCAAGACAAAGAGACAAUCUGUGUUUCAUGGCAAGAAGAAGCAGCAUUGAAGAAAUUGUCAUUCAGUCUUAGAGGUGUCCAUGUUAAUCGAGUCCACACUGAUAGGAUUGAGUCAGUAGCCAGGAGCAGCUCUUUGCAAUGGAGGCUCUGCGAGUGCUGGACAACUGCAGACAGGACAUGCAUGUGUCGCAGGGAGCCGGGGACAGCUCAGUGGACAUGGACCGGCUGAACAGCAACAUGCCCGAGUUUGGAAGGAAAACACACCAGGUGCUAAAGAGCACUCCUCUGGAUUUCCUUGAGACGGGGAAGGGUCUGAAGUUCCAGGCAGAGCGCCCCCACCUGGUGAGCCUGGGCAGCGGACGUCUGAGCACCGCCAUCACCCUGCUGCCCCUGCCCGAGGGUGAGACCCCGCUGUGA